GUGAGUGUGCGUGGUCUGAUUCAGGCCUAAUUAAGUGGUUGCGUCUGGGCAGGGCUAUAAAUGAAUAGCUGCUCUGACGGGGGAUCUGGUCACAGCCAGCCACAAGGGUUCAGCACUCACUGAAGGGAAGCUGUUCAUUGCUGCUUGGGGCUCCACUAUGGCGAAAAUUAUCUUGAGGCACCUCAUAGAGACUCCAGUGCGUUACCAGGAGGAGUUUGAAGCUCGAGGUUUGGAAGACUGCAGGCUGGAUCACGCUUUAUAUGCCCUGCCUGGGCCAACCAUCGUGGACCUGAGAAAAGCCAGAGCAGCGUCGCGGUUUCCUCCAGCAGACUCAGCGACAGCAGACAUGCCACCCGAAGAAGGCAAAUCCCGCUUUCAGAUCCUGCUGGAUGUGGUCCAGUUCCUCCCCGAAGAUAUCAUCAUUCAGACCUUUGAGGGCUGGCUGCUGAUCAAAGCUCAGCACGGAACCAGAAUGGAUGAGCACGGUUUUAUCUCACGAAGUUUCACCCGGCAGUACAAACUGCCAGCUGGUGUAGAAACCAAAGAUUUGUCUGCCAUCCUCUGUCAUGAUGGAAUUUUGGUGGUGGAAGUAAAGGAUCCAUUGGGGACUAAGUGAAAAGUUAGCGGUUCCUGUUCAAAUGAGGAAGAUGAUAGCUCUGCCAGUGGUACCAUGGGACUAUGUGUAUUACCUGUGUUUGAAAUGACUUCCUAUGACUUUUAUGAAGAUUAAAAAUAUAUAUACAAUU